AUGGGAAAAACCUGCAGAGUCAGUACUCUGUGUGUUUUGUGUGUAAUCUUAGCCUUGGUCUCCAUAGCAACCAUUGUCACAUUGUGGACUCUUGCCCUGACAGAUCAUGGUGAUGUUACAGCUCCUUGGGACAGCUACCGUCUCUCCAUGGAUGUGAUUCCUGAGUACUACAACAUCACCAUAUGGCCUCGUCUCAGUCCAGACCCAAACAAUGGUCUCUACAUUUUCACGGGCCAGUCCACUGUGCACUUUGAGUGUGUGAAAGAAACAAAUUUGAUACUGAUUCAUUCCAGUCAACUGAGCUACACCAGGCAAGACAACGAACACAUGGCCAGUGUCACCACUACAGAUGGUGCAGCUGCUCUGAUUAUAGAAUCAACAUGGCUGCAGCCAGAAACACAGUAUCUGGUUAUCAACUUAAAAAGUAAAUUACGUCAAGGACAGAAGUAUCAGCUGUACACUGAGUUCACUGGAGAACUAGCUGAUGACUUGUCAGGGUUUUACAGGAGUGAGUAUGAAGAAGAUGGAUUACAAAAGAUAGUUGCCACCUCUCAGAUGCAUCCAACUUAUGCCAGGAAGACCUUUCCUUGUUUUGAUGAGCCAGCUUUGAAAGCCAUUUUCCAUAUAACGCUCAUUCACCCACCUGGAACAGUAGCCCUUUCAAAUGGCAUGGAAAGAGAUAUUGCUAACAUCACCAUUGAUGGAGUAAGUUGGACAAAAACCAAGUUUGAACCCACCAAGAAAAUGUCCACCUAUCUGUUGGCCAUCACUGUCUCUGACUACACAUAUAUCAAUACCACACAAAAAGACCCUCAGAUUCGUAUCUGGGCUCGAAGGAAGGCCAUUGACCUAGGACAGGGAAACUAUGCUCUCAAUGUAACUGGACCCAUACUGGACUUCUUCCAGUCAUACUAUAACAUUGCCUACCCUCUAACUAAAUCAGACCAAAUUGCUCUACCAGACUUUUAUUAUGGUGCAAUGGAGAAUUGGGGUUUGGUGACCUACAGGGAAACCAAUCUUCUUUAUGACCCUAAAACUUCCUCCAGUAGGAAUAAAGAGAAGACUGCCACCAUUAUUGCCCAUGAAUUAGCACACAUGUGGUUUGGCAACCUGGUGACCCUGCGCUGGUGGAAUGAAGUCUGGCUCAAUGAAGGCUUUGCUUCAUAUGUGGCUUACCUAGGAGCAGACCAUGCUGAGCCCACAUGGAAUGUUAGAGACCUGAUAGUACUUGACAAGAUUCAUAAAGUUUUUGCUGUCGAUGCCUUGACUUCUUCUCAUCCUCUGUCCUCUAACGAAGACAGUAUUGUCCUACCUAACCAAAUCAGUGAACAAUUUGAUGUCAUCUCAUACAGCAAGGGUGCAGCAGUGUUGAGGAUGCUUUCAGACUUUCUCUCAGAGCCGGUCUUCAUCCAGGGACUGAGUACUUACCUCAAUCACUUUGGAUACAGUAAUACAGUAGGGAAUGACUUGUGGCAUCAUCUGCAGAUGGCUGUGAAAGACAAUAAUGGUUCACUUCCUCAUUCAGUUGAUCGAAUUAUGAGUCCCUGGGUGCUUCAGAUGGGAUUCCCUGUGGUUACUAUAAAUACAGCCAUAGGGAAAGUAUCCCAGAAGCACUUCCUGCUGGAUGCAGAUUCUAACGUCACAGUCAAAUCACCUUACAACUAUGAGUGGCUGAUUCCUAUUCGAUGGAUGAGGGGUGGUACGGUCCAGAAAGAUAUCUGGUGGCUCAUGGAAAAGGAAGUGAUAAACUUAGAAAUGAGGAGUGAUGGUUUUUGGGUACUGGCCAACAUUAAUGUAACUGGAUAUUACCGGGUAAACUAUGACUUGGGAAACUGGGAACGCCUUUUCACCCAGCUUAAUACAAAUCACAAGGUUAUACCAGUGAUAAACAGAGCACAACUUGUGGAUGAUGCAUUCAGUCUGGCCAGGGCUCAGCUGCUCUCGACCUCUCUAGCCCUCAGGACAACCUCUUACUUGUCAAAGGAAACAGAGUACAUGCCCUGGCAAUCUGCUCUCAAUAAUCUGGACUAUUAUUACCUCAUGUUAGACCGUACGGAUGUCUAUCAGCCUAUGCAGGACUACAUAAGAAAGCAGGUGACUCCACUAUUCCUAUACUUCAAGAACAUGACCUUAGACUGGAGCAGUGUUCCUGUACAACACACUGAUCAGACCAGAUAUGGGUGUGUUAACUGUAACCUUUUCAGGAUCCACCCCAACCUGCGUUCAGUGGUGUACUGCAGUGCCAUUGCAGCAGGUGAUGAGGCUGAGUGGGAGUUUGGAUGGUUACAAUUUAAGAUUGCUUCUGUAGCAAAUGAGGCCAACAAACUCAUGUUUGCAUUGGCCUGCACAAACAACACAGAGCUGCUAAACAGGUAUCUGUCUUACACUUUAAACUCCACUAUCAUCCGGAAGCAGGAUGCCACCAGUGUCAUCACAUCUGUCGCCAGCAACAGAGCAGGACAAAAGCUGGCUUGGGACUUUGUCAGAAACCAUUGGGAAUACAUGUUCACAGAAUAUGGCGUGGGCUCUUUCUCCUUUGCUUCUAUGAUCACUGGGGUAACAGCGAGGUUCUCCACACCUGCUGAACUACAGGAGCUGAAGGAAUUUGUCGAGGCGCACAGUGCAACAGGGUUUGGUUCUGCCACACUGGCUGUAGAUCAGGCCCUGGAGAGGACCAGAAUGAACAUCAAGUGGCUGCAGACAAACAAACAGGAAAUCCUGAACUGGUUCAACAGUCAGAACGGAGAUCAGAUGCAGUAA